UUUGGAGGCUCCAGCUUUCCUGUUUAUUUGAUGCAACGUUCACUGUCCUCAUGAGCUGAAGGAUAUUGUUGGAAAUUGUUAAUUGGUAUCAGAAACAUUGUAUUACAUAAUUAUAGUCUGUGCAUGUACUGUACUGUUUCCAUGCGUUAACUAUCUGUUAGGGCUCUUUAAUGUACAAGCUCCUUCACUAAUUGCUUUGCUUAGUACACAAGUAUGAAGGCCUGCCUACACUGUACCUAUACAUGUAUUGAUUAAUCCACUUUAAUUGAGACUCUUGUUUUCCCACUGCAGGUAUGAGGGCUAAACUGGAUGCCUGUCCUCUCAAAGAGCUCGAGGAUUUCACUAUUCUCUCGUGUUUUGUUGGACUGGAAAUGGUCCUACCCCCCACAUAGCAUCACAUGUUGAGCAGUCACGAGGUGGACACGUACGGUAGUAACGAGCACCACUUCUGUCUGGCCCACAAGACUGCCCUCCGUGGCCGCCUGCCCAUCAUACAGUUCCUAGUGGAGAGUGGACUGCCCUCCUCCGCACUGCAGAUACCAGAUGACUCAUUCACCAUACCCGCCAUGCUCGCUAUACAGGUGGUUCAGUGGAGUGUCACAUGUCAAGUGCCUUGAGUGGCUUCUCAAGACAGUCAAGAAGAGGAACAAACAGUCGGAAGUGACGGAGAUACUGGAUGAGUCUGGUGUGACCCCCGCCCACUUUGCAGCACAGGGAGGACACCUCGACUGUCGACAGCUGCUUAUGGACUUUGGCUACAGCAUGGUCCACACGGACAGGGAGAACCAGAAGCCGGUGGAUUGGGCCGAUGCUAUGGGUCAGAAUAUCUGUGUCCACUAUCUCAUGAUGUACGAGACUUGUUGGGCACUCUCCGGAGAACUGACACACAUGGCCGAGCAGCUCGCUAUUGUACAGAAGGAGAAUGGACAGUUACGAGAUGCAUUCUCCAGUCUAGAGAAAGAGCAUGAAUCUGCCAUUACUAAACUGCUGACUAGUCACGAGGAGAGACUGACUAAGAUGAGGGAACAUCACGUCGACCUCAUGGCAUCAAUACUGCACAUGAACCAGGACACUCCGCCCACUGGAGGGGGAGGGGCUACUGCACCAUCAGCCAAUAAGAACAGGGGUCAAGUACCUGUGCGGAAGACGCCCCCUGAACCACCCACUACCCCUAAACGAUCCUCCAAUCGUCUCCCUGUACCCCCGGAUCCUGCCGCUAACAAGAGGUUGUGAGGGUCAAAGGACAGAGGUCAUGAGGCGGCAGAUAAAGGGGAGGACCAUAAUA